AUGCCUGCAAUGGACCAUGCUGGAAUAUAUGUGCAUCGCCAGAUCACGGACGAGAAGCAGUGGGCACGUGCGAUGCAAGCCAUCCAGAAGGAGUUUUGUGAGGACGACGUAUUCGUGGAGAAGAAAUGGACGCUGCAAGAACAGGCGCCGCCUGACGAUCCAAUGUAUUGGAUCAACAUGACUAGGGCGAUAUCCGAGGACGAUGUCGUGGAAUUGCGAUACGCAGAACUGCUCAAUUUCGGCUCCGGCGUGAACUUCUAUCACUGGGAGCCGCUGGCACAGCUUGUGGAAAUGGGUUUCGAGAACCUCGAGUCCCUGGAAGAAGUUGCCACUCAGG